UUCCUCAGAAGUUUUGUCAGUUGCAGUGUGUAUGUGUGUCUGUGUAUGUAUGUCAUUGUGGGGGAUAACGGCGUGGGCGUAUGAAUUUAUUUAUGAGAGACCUUCUAAAUUAAAUUAUUUUGCACAAAAUAAUAUAAGGCAGCUUUGCUGAAACCACAGGAAAACAGCCGAGCCCACUCCUGGAGAAAGCAAGACUGUCACCAUGGUCGCCACAAGCACAUUAAAGACCAAAAGCAGCGAAUGUAUUUCGGAAUUGGUUGACCGAAGAUAUGACCAGGCUUGCAUCGAGAAAGAACUGGACUUCUGGGAUAACUGCUUGGCUGAACCCCAGAGGAAUGCAGAUGUCACUGAAGACAGAACCUGUCAACAGCUGGCCAAGAUGUUUGAAAACUGCCUGUCACGAGCCAAGAAGACGACGCUGCACUGCUCCUCUGUGCUGGUACCAGAGAAGCUCACGCGGAGAAUAGCUCGUGAGGUCCUGAGGCUGGCAUCCUGCGAGCCCUGCGGCUUGCGUGGCUGCGUCCUCUAUGUCCACCUGGAGCUGGACAAGGGCUGCAAGCGGCUGGAGCGCAUCGUGUAUGAUGCCACCGUGGUGCCCACAUUUGAACUAACUCUUGUGUUUAAGCAGGAUGGCACAGCCUGGCCCAGCCUACGGGACUUCCUUUUUAUGGGAACCUGCUUUGCCCCUACUUUUAGGCACGUACUUAAACUGAGUCCAGGUUUCCGGCUUGUCAAGAAAAAACUGUACUCCUCCUCGGCUGGUACCGUGAUAGAGGAGUGCUGAACUAUGGGAGGGAUUAUGGUGGGAUAUCAGGUUUCCUGUGGGUAUACGCACUUCUGCCCAAAUGUAAAUGACACUCCAGUGGUGUCAUAUUUUCUAGUGUUUUUGUACAAUACAGUUUGUCAGUUCAGAUUGGAACUUGGGAUGUAAAGUUGAAGCUUAUGCAUAAAUGAGCCUGAUAGUUCUGGGUUUGGCUUCAAUGUUUCUUAGUGCAUUUUUUAUCAGCAAAAUUGUAAUAUCCUGGAUGUUUUUUCUUUUUUCUAAUUAGAGCAUUUGUUGCUCAAACACAAUUUUAAAUUGUACAUUUUGCAGAUGAAUGUAAAACCAUGUUCAACAUGUUUGAGAGGGACAUACUGUGGGUACACUUUAGUAAAAGACACUAGCCACUUUGUUGAUGAAUCUGUGUGUUUCCAGAUACAUUGAAUGUGUUCGGCAGCAGUAAACACACUUGGGCUUGGAAUUAAAUCUUUGGGGGCCAUAUGUAGCUUGUUGUGUAAUGCUGUAUUUAGGGCUGCGGAUGUUUUUAAGACUGAAUGUCCUGUGAAGAAGCUGCUGUCAUGGUGUGGGUUUCUCACACUAGGGGAAUGUGGAUGCCUUAAAUGUCCUAGAAAUUUACCUUUUCUCACUUUGGAGCUUGUGUGUGUUUAAUGUACAAGUGUAAAUGUUUUAUUGCAUUUUUAUUUUUAUACCCCCUCCCCCAGGCACACCUUUUCAAUGCAGAGCCUUUGUAUAUUAUUAAAAGGAUGGAAAGCCCAAAUGUAUGUAAAGGCUUAUUUAAUUUUUAUGGAGGGAUGCAUUGAUGUAUUGGCCGAUAUUCGCCUUGUUGACUGCCAUCGGCAUUUCAGCUUUUACCCAAUGCAGUGGCUGAAUUUGAUUGGUCCUAUCAAUUUUGCGCUGGCUAAAUGUGUUCAUGUGCUUUGACUUGGACACAACAGUCCUUUUAGAAAACAUUUUUUUUUAUUAAAAUGUUUGUUUCCCUGGCUCACAAGGGGGAAUAAAUAAACCAUAACUAAACCCAUUAUCAGACAAAUCUUAAUUUUCAACAUGGGUGUCAGCCCAGAAUUGAACAAUUAGUGCAUUCCUGGAGACCUGCGAAGAGAUUGAGGUCCAGCCAGUAGCUUGACUUUUUUUUUUAAUGAAUUCCUUCAUUUUUAUUUUCUUAAUUGCCAUUUGACUUCCUGAAUUGAAUUAACUCGUUUUUGUCUAUUAGACAAUAAAAACAUUCAAACUUCAUUUUCCAUUUGUAGACUUGAUUCGGUGCAAUUUGUUCAAACAAGGUCAGGAUCCUGGAGCCAUGACUAAGCCUGGAGUGGGCAGCCAACAGUGGUACAAUGCAGGCUUUCUAAACUGGGACAACAAGAUCUCGACAAGAAUGUGAUGUUUAUUAUGCGAGGCCCUGGCUAGUAUGACAGAAGAAUUUUCAGCUUGACAUCAUAGACGCCACCAGCAGUCACUAUCAAACACCAGUAUAGGCAGAUUUUUUUUGCAUAUCUAAUUUUAGAAAAAACUAACAUUGGUAAUCACUCUAACAUUUAGAGACUUCGAUGAUUCAGUGACUGCUCUUGACACUGUUUUGUGAAUGUUUACACAUCAGUAUUAAUAUUUUAUCGAUCCCAUCUGCUCCUAAGGGGCUGUUGAGAAACAUCAGGUAAGAACACACAGUAAGUAGCUUGUGCAUAGGCACUGCUGUAGCUGUUUAUAUGAGCACAUCAGCUGCUUGUGCGAACCUGCAGAGUUUGUGUGACAUUUCUCUCACUGUCUUUAAUGGAGCUGUCUCCAUAGUGAUUUUGUGGGCCUCUGUUUGUCAGCUAUACAAAUGUGAUUCAGAUGAACUUACGAUUGUUGCACUUGUGUGGGACAUUUGUAGUAAUAUUUGUGCUUGUGACCUUCUCCAAUUCAGCCUCUCAUCUUUGUAAAUGCAUGAUUUGAGGCAGUAAGUAAGUAGGCUAUUGAUGUUGUGAUGUUCUACAUGUUGAUUGCAUAAAGGUUUUAUCACUUA